AUUGUGUGAGUACUUACGGUAUUUCCGUCUUCCCGAGGACACUGUUUGCAUCGCCGAGUUCACGAUUGGAAUUUUAAAUUACUUAAAAUAUCACUAAGGCAGAAGCGCUCCCAGAGAAUAAUACUUGGAAGGUUCUAUCCAAUUGUUUCUGACAUCGCUACUGAAUUCUUUACACCACGUCGCGCCGUAUCAAUACCUUCCCGAAAACAUACAAGGACAAGCCUACUACCGAAUGAAUACUGGCCCGCACCAGCUCAUUGCUAAUAUCAGUGAGAUUCCCUUCCACGUGUUGGUCGUGUAUAGCAACCUCUACUGCUCUGGUACCCUGGUGAGGAGUAAGAUUGUGAUGACGGUCGCUAGCUGUCUCAGUCCUGACAGAUUCAGGAAGCUAGUUGUUAAACUCGGUGUGGAGAGCGUCACGGAACAUGGCCAAAUAAUACCAGUCAUCGAAAUUAAGAUCCACGAGUAUUACAAAUACAUGGGGCCGAUAGACAACGACAUUGCUUUACUAAUGUUAAAGGAGAACGUGGUUUUCAACCCUGAUGUGAAGAAAGCAGUGCUUGUGGAGCCUGAAAUCGUUCUACGAAAUGGUGCCAUGAUAGAAGUGUCGGGAUGGGGCUUCUCUAAUUUGCCUCAGGCAUACGUGAACCAAUUGCUAUGGACUGAUAUGGUAGUAAUAGAUAAAGCAGAAUGCGCUAAGUACUAUAAACACCUUUUAACUCCAUCCAACUUCUGCGCUAAAUAUCUACCGGAUCAUCGUCUGAGCGACAAUGGUGGGCCAGCUGUGUUUGACAGAGAGGUGGUCGUUGGCAUGCUGUCCUACGGCGGCACUAGUGCUGACGAACCACACAUCGCCAUCUUUAGCAACAUCUCAUACUUCAGCAGAUGGAUAACAUUGAACACGAAGAGGUUUCUAGAAAAAUAUUGCGUAGUACCGAAGGAUGACGAUCCCCCUGAAUACUACGUUUUAUCUGAAACGGAUGAUUAAUCAAAUUAAAAAAAAUAAAAAUAUAUAUAUUAACCGCCGUACUCAAAGACAUUUAAUGAUUACCUGAACUAUUCCGUAGACUGGGUUAAGUAACCAUUAAAUGACUCUGAAUACGGCGAUUAGUGUGUAGUUUUACACCUUCACAAUCACGUUGCGAUGUUUGUAAGUAGGUUUUAACAUUAUUUUUAUUUAAAUAUUUACAUACAUAUCUGGCAUGAUUGGAGCACGAGCACGGCUCGAUGUACCUAACAAUCCCUAAGACAUAAAUAGCAUCUGAAUAUUACGCUGCCUUCAGAUGUAUUACAAGACAUUAACUAUACACAACUGUAUAUUCAUAGUAAUAUUCUUAUAAACCUUUGUGUAGAAAGAACUAAAUAACAUUGAGUAGUAGUUUAAAACCAGCCCACAUCCUUAUCAUCAUCUGCGUCAAGCUUGCCUAGAGAUGGUGCAUGAUGAUGUCUUAAUAAAUAUUGUAGAAAUGUCAAUCUGAUGGCGAAGAAUUGCGUAACUCCUUACGACAUGUGACGCGUUCGAGGAACGGAAGGUGAUUUCCUAGUAACCUGCUUCGCAAUGCAGUUCCGAUUGAACUAGCUACCGCAUUGGAAGUUAAUUGUCGAUCUCAAAUAGGUAUAUCAUAACAUAACGCCUUUGAUUCCCCAACGGGUAUAGGCACAGGUAUCCAUAUACCAUGUAAUGCGUUUUUUUAUCAGUUACAAGAUGUUCUGAUACAAGAGUCUCUGACCCGGAGCUGCGGACUGCCUA